AAAUGAAGGUACAAAAAUCUGGUGUGCAGGCACAGGUUUAGAGGACACUGGGGCACUUCGUCCGCGCGAUAAUUUUACAUCUGAUCGCAAAGAUGCAGAGAUUCUUGUUUAGCCAAGCUAAAAGCGUCCUGGACCAAACUCAUCGUCAACAUCACACAAGCCGACGCUUUCUCUCUCUUCUUCCAUCUCUAUUUCCUCCUCUUCUGUCUCUGUCUCGUUUUACUUCAAAGAUGGCUGCUUCUGAUUUCACUUCCUCUCUUCCUGUUACUCUUGACUCCAUCAAUCCUAAGAAGUUGCAACAAAACCUGAAGUCUAAUAAGGAUUCUUAUCCUUUUGAUGAGAUUCUUGAAGAGGCUCUUAACAACUUAGAAGGCGUAACAUGUAACAGAGCCGGAGAAGCCAUGCAUCUCUUUCCUCGAAUUAAUCUUCCUAAAAGGACGAUUGAAGCCGCAGAGACCGCAAAAACAGCACCUGAUGCGUUCUACCGCAAACGCCUUCUCAACUCCACUGGAAUAGUUGUUGUCCCUGGUUCUCGCUUCGGACAGGUUCUUGGAACAUGGCACUUCAGAAGCAAUAUACUUCCGCAAGAAGACAAGAUUCCGGCGAGUCGUUUCAGAGAGUUGCACAAGACUUCCAUCAACGAUACCCCAAAAAGAACAAAGUCCCAAAAGAGUUCCAUCAACGAUACCCCUAAAAGAACAAAGUCCCAGAAGAGUUCCACCAAAGAUAAACCAAAAAGAACAAAAUCCCACAAGAGUUCCAUCAACGAUAACCUCAAAAGAACAAAGUUUCAGAAACAUCAUCGAGGAAGAGUUAAAGGACUAUCUUCUCAUGGGAAUCAUUUUGGCAGAUAUGCUCUUCAAACACUUGAACCCGCUUGGAUCACAUCUAGACAAAUAGAAGCAGGGAGAAGAGCAAUGGUACGAAAUGUACAGCGUGGCGAAAAGAUUUGGGUACGUAUAUUUGCAGACAAACCAGUUACCGUAAAACCCACGGAAACACGUAUGGGUCGUGGGAAAGGAUCACCAGCGUUUAGGGUAGCUGUGGUUAAACCCGGUAAAAUCAUUUAUGAAAUGGGUGGUGUACCUGAAAAUAUAGCCAGAAAAGCUAUUUCAAUAGCGGCAUCAAAAAUGCCUAUAAAAACCAAAUUCAUUAUUUCUGAAUAAGAAAAUAGGAGGAAAAUAAAUGGAUUUGAUAUUCUGUUAGUGAGUAAGGCUUAUGUAAUAAUUUG